AGCAUGCAUCGAGCACCCGUGCGUCCUCAGCCAGGUUGUUGUUGCCAUGAGGACAGCGGAGCAACAGGGGGACCGAGCUGCAGCAUCACGCUUCCUCCGGAGUUGAAAUUUUUAGAAUAAGAGGAUGGUGCUUUCUUGUUGUUGUUGUUGUUGUUUGUUCUCUCAAUUUGCUUGGGUGUGUUUUUAACAAAAUUUUUUAAGGUGGUGCGGACAGUGACGGAGGUGUUUCGUAGUAAAUCACCUAAAUGAAAUUAAAACAAACUAACGAACAACAACAACAAAAAAACACAUUUGCAUGUGAAAAUGGAGCUAUCACAAUGACAAGCCCCUCAGGCUGAAGAGAAGAGCUGCAGCCUUCAGCAUAACAGCGUCUGAGUGGAUCUGCCAAAACCGAGAGUGGCAUCACACUUGAAGGCAGGCCACCAGAUGUUUCAGGGGACUCUCGUCCACCAACGGCUGUGCUGGGGAGCUCUCUACCUGUUUGUAGCAGGGGUGGCGUUAACAUCUGAAACACUCCGGCUGUGUCCGCCGUCCUGCCGCUGUAACACCGUGCAGCUGGAGGUGAACUGCUCUGGCGGUCAGCUUACCGCCGUGCCCGAUGGUCUCCCCCAAGAAGCUAAACUACUAAACCUAACUCAUAAUACGAUCAAGAAUCUGGUGCACCGGCAGUUCCACACAUUAACAAAGCUGCUGAACUUGGAUUUAAGUGACAAUCUUCUGGUAUUAAUUGAAGUGGAAGCCUUCUUUGGCUUGCAGAGUCUGAUAAGUUUGCGCCUUUCCCGUAAUCACCUUAAGGUUAUUCCAGUGGGAGCCUUUGCUGGCUUGACAAGCCUGCAGUUUCUGGACAUAAGUGGCAACGAGAUUCUUGUUUUUCUAGACUUUACUUUCAACGAAUUAGCAGCCCUACAGUUUAUCAAAGCAGUGGACAAUGAUUUUGUUUUUAUCUCUCAUCAAACCUUCACUGGGCUUAACAGUCUGCAGGAGAUGCACCUUGGCGGCUGCAACCUCACCUCAGUGCCAACGGAGGCACUCGCACAGCUCAAAGUGCUGAGGAGCCUUCGUUUUCACCGACUGGGACUCACCACACUGCCAAACUACGCUUUCCGUCAUCAAGUGCAUCUAAAGGAGCUUGUCAUUUCUCAUUGCCCGUGGCUGGAGACCCUGUCAGGAAACAGCCUCUUUGGCCUGAAUCUCACAGCACUAACCAUUAAACACUGCAACCUGAGUGGAGUCCCCUACAUCCCUUUACAUCACCUGGUAUAUCUCAUAUACCUUGACCUUUCCUUUAACCCUAUCACCUACAUCCACGGGAACCUGCUUGGAGACCUGCUCCGGCUCCAAGACUUCCAUCUUGUCGGGGGAUCGUUGCUACGCAUUGAAACUGGAGCGUUCACGGGUUUGGCACAUUUCAAACUGCUCAACGUGUCCAGAAAUCUCCUGACCACACUGGAAGCAGGAGCUUUUCAUUCAGUGGACGCCCUGAAAACUCUGGGCCUUGAUAACAAUCCGCUGGCAUGCGACUGCCGUUUGCUUUGGGUGGUGCGAAGGCGACUGAACGUGGACUUUGGUGGACUUCCACCUACUUGCACUACCUCAGUCCAGCUCCAGGGCUGGAAUUUUCUAGACUUUUCUGAGGCCGAGCUCCCGGGUUUGCUCACCUGUCGGGAGCCUCGAAUUCUGAACCGCAAACCUCGGGAAGUGAGAGUAGAUCAGGGACACACGGUAGUGUUUCAUUGCAGUGCAGAAGGUGACCCUCUGCCAUCUGUCAGCUGGCUAAACCCUCAGCUGAGAUAUUUAACAGCCACUGGUAGAAUACGGGCUCUCUCCAACGGCUCACUAGAGGUUCGUUAUGCUCAGCCUCAAGAUAGCGGUACUUAUCUCUGUGUGGCAUCGAAUGCGGCAGGAAAUGACAGCCUGCCUGUCAGCCUUCAUGUCCGAGCCUUUCCAUCAGCUUCUAAAAAUCGCUUUCGCUUCAAAAGUUGGUCUACGUUACCAUCUGCCUCUCCGGGUGCGAAUGGAAAUCAGAAACUCCCAUUUGAUUUCAAGACCCUACUAAUUGCUGCAACCAUAGGGUUUCUCUCAUUUUUUAGCUCUGUGUGCGUAUGUUUCAUUUUCAUGUUCUUCUGGAGCAAGAGCAAAGGGCAAAUAAAGCACACUGCAACGAUAGCGUAUGUGCCGCGAAGCGCCAUGAUGAAUAAUAAUAGAGGGACAAGCAACUACAUGGAGACAAGCAGGUUCACUAUGAAACUAAUAUGAAUCAUUUUCAUUUGCCGAGCGUGAUUUCAGUUUGUAGUCUGAAUUUCAAAGCAUGCAAGCACCUUUCCAGCAGAAAUGGACUUUCCAUUCAUUGAAAUGCAAGUAAGCAUGUUACAUUUUGGACAUUAAUAAGGUUUUAGAUUUAAUUUUUUUUUUAAUGUCUAAUGCCACUGAUCAAGUCUGCUUUUCAUGCCUGUCUUUUGAGAGACAGAAGCUGCGCUAUAUAAGAGAUGUUAAUUAACUGCUUAACGCGUACAUUGCCCAUGUUGAUGUGAAAACAGUUUAAGACCUCAGUGCAGAGUGUGUAUAAGAAACAGACUCGCCUGAGGGACUAAUCUUAUGGUUUGUUUAAAUGUUUGUUUAGUUCUUUUGAUUUCUAUAGAAGAAAUGAAUAAAUAAUGCAUACGAAUAUGAAUAAAAGUAGCAUCAAUUAAAACGAUUGUGCUUUCAAAAA